GACGCCUCUGUCGGCGACCCGCAGCGGUGUUCGCAGUACGCUCGGAGCAUCUACGCGUACCUGAAGGAGCGGGAGGCGAAGUACCUCCUCCCCGCCGACUACAUGCAGUCGCAGCGCGACAUCAACUCCAACAUGCGCAGCAUCCUCGUCGAUUGGCUCGUUGCCGAGGAGUACAAGGUCGUGCCCGAGACUCUCCACCUCUGCGUCAGCUACAUCGACCGCUUCCUCUCCCGCGUGCCCGUCGCGCGCUCAAAGCUUCAGCUCGUCGGCGCCUCAUGCUUGCUCCUCCUCAUCAAACAUCAUCAUCUCCGCCAGAUCUCCCCACAUCUCCCCAUAUCUCCGCGCCAGGUGGAUGAGUUCGUGUACAUCUCCGACUCCACCUACACGCGCGCCGAGAUCCUCGCCAUGGCCUCCACCGCCCUCACCCGCCCCCGACACCUCCCCGACACCUCCACGACACUUCCACGACACUUCCUAGGAGUCCACCCGGCGCAGGCGGCGUGCGGCGUCGACGAGACGGCGGCCUCGCUCUGCUCGUACCUGUGCGAGCUCACGCUGCCGGAGUACGCCCUCCUCGCCUUCCGCCCGUCC